GCCGGGCGGCGGAAGCGAGCCAUGGCUGUCUACCUCGGGAUGCUGCGCCUCGGGAGGCUGUAUAUCGCGAGCCUGGGGGCGCAGGGGGCCCGGACGCUGCUCUCUCGGCCCUGGCAGAACUCCAAGUUGCAGGGUGUCCGCGCUCUCAGUUCUGCGAUGGUGAGUUGCACCAACCCCCUGCCUGUCGGAGGCCUCAGCUACAUUCAGGGCCACACCAGCUCCCAUCUUGUCAACACAACUGUGGGUGAGUGCCUGGAGGCCACAGCACAGAGGUUCCCCAACAGAGAGGCUUUGGUCAUCCUCCAUGAAAACAUCAGGCUGAGCUUCGCCCAGCUCAAGAAGGAGGUGGACAAAACUGCUUCCGGUCUUCUGAGCCUCGGCCUCCGAAAGGGCGACCGGCUGGGCAUGUGGGGACCCAACUCCUACGCGUGGGUGCUCAUCCAGUUGGCCACUGCCCAAGCAGGCAUCAUCCUGGUGUCUGUGAACCCAGCCUAUCAGUCCUCAGAACUGGAAUAUGUCCUCAGGAAGGUAGGCUGCAAAGCCAUCGUGUUCCCUAAACAAUUCAAGACCCAGCAGUAUUACAACAUACUGAAGCAGAUCUGUCCCGAGCUGGAAAAGGCCCAGCCAGGGGCCUUGAAGAGUGAGAGGCUCCCAGACCUGACCACAGUCAUCUCAGUGGAUAGCCCUCUGCCGGGGACCCUGCUGCUGGAUGAUGUGGUGGCAGCCGGUGGCCAGGAGCAGAAUCUGGCCCAGAUGCAGUACAAUCAGCAAUUCCUGUCCUGUUACGACCCCAUCAACAUCCAGUUUACCUCGGGGACAACUGGCAAACCCAAGGGGGCCACUCUUUCCCAUCACAACAUUGUGAACAACUCCACCCUGAUAGGCCAGCGUCUGAAGAUGCCCACGAAGACUGCAGAGGAGUUGCGGUUGGUCCUGCCUAGUCCCCUGUACCACUGCCUGGGCUCCGUGGGGGGCACCAUGGUGUCUAUGGUCCACGGUGCCACCCUCCUCCUGUCUUCUCCAAGCUUCAGUGGCAAGAAAGCGCUGGAAGCCAUCAGCACAGAGAAGGGCACCCUCCUGUAUGGCACACCCACGAUGUUUGUGGAUAUUCUGAAUCAGCCGGACUUCUCCAGUUAUGACUUCUCAUCCAUACGUGGAGGUGUGAUUGCUGGGUCCCCAGCACCCCCGGAGUUGAUCCGAGCCAUCAUCAGCAAGAUGAACAUGAAGGAGCUAGUGGUUGUUUACGGAACCACAGAGAACAGUCCCGUGACCUUCAUGAACUUCCCAGAGGACACCCUGGAGCAGAAGGCUCAAAGUGUGGGCAGAAUUAUGCCUCACACGGAGGCCCAGAUCGUGAACAUGGAGACAGGGGAGCUGACGAAGCUGAACACGCCCGGGGAGCUGUACAUCCGAGGGUACUGCGUCAUGCAGGGCUACUGGGGCGAGCCUCAGAAGACCUUCGAGACGGUUGGACAAGACAGGUGGUAUCGGACAGGAGACAUCGCCACGAUGGAUGAGCAGGGCUUCUGCAAGAUUGUAGGCCGGUCUAAGGACAUGAUCAUCCGGGGAGGUGAGAACAUCUACCCUGCAGAGCUGGAGGACUUCUUCCACAAACACCCGCAGGUGCAGGAGGCGCAGGUGGUGGGGGUGAAGGAUGAGCGGAUGGGGGAGGAGAUCUGUGCUUGCAUCCGGCUGAAGAGCGGGGAGACCACCACAGAGGAGGAGAUCAAAGCUUUCUGCAAAGGGAAGAUCGCCCACUUUAAGAUCCCCCGCUACAUCGUGUUUGUUGAAGGCUAUCCUCUCACCAUCUCGGGAAAGAUCCAGAAAUUCAAACUCCGGGAGCAGAUGGAGCAACACCUAAAACUGUGAAGCAAAGGAGGGUUCUCCCAGCCCCUUCCAGCCCUCUCGGAGCCCCUUAGCCCCCUCACACAAAGGAGAGCCCUCCCCGCCCUUCUCAGCCUGCCAGGCCCCUCUUCAGUCCUCCCACGUAAAGGAGGGUCCUACUAGCCCUCUCAGGCUUUCCUGAGCCCUCCUCUUGCCCCUUGUCACCUUUAUGACUUGGCAUAAAGACUUUCGAUGGUUGGCCAGUGUCUGGCUGGUGUGGCUCCUGUGGGAUGGAGAAAGGAAGAGGGGAGCCAGCUCCUUCAGACCUAAGCCUCCAGGCACUUUGCUGUGAAUUAUCUAAUCUCAGCCUCCCCCUGUCCCCUUGAAAUUCCAAGCACCCCGCCCCCUAUUUUUUUCCCUUUGAGACAGGAUCUCACUGUGUUCCCCUAGCUGUGCUGUACAUCAGGCUGGUUUUGAACUCAACAGAGAUCUCAUUGCCUCUGCCUCUGGAGCGCUGGCAUCAAAGUCUUUUGUGCUCCCAUGCCUGGCUCCUCUUUUUUUUUUUUUUUUUUUUUUUUUUUUUUUGUAAGCUUUAGUCAUUUAAUCGUUUUUCAAAGUUUUGUUUGCUUGUUUUCCAGUUCUGGGACUCUUAAAGCCCCCCACAUGCUGGAUAAGGACUUUUCGAAACACUGGCCUCCACUCCCAGAGCAAUAAUUCUUCAUCUUGUUUGAAUUAACAGCUUUGAGCGCUAGAGAGAGGGCUCAGUGGCUAAGAGGACUGGCCGCUGUUGCAGAAGAUUCGAAUUUGAUUCUCAGCACUGACACUGGCAGCUCACAACUAUCUUUAACUCCAGCUCCAGAGGACUGAUGCUCUCUUCUGGCCUCUGAGGGUACCGAGCUCCCUCCCCCCAACACGUGAUACAUGCUUACAUAGACACAUGCAAAUAAAUAAAAAUGAAUCUGUAAAAUAA